CAAUCACUGAAAGUGUAACAGUAACAUUUUUUCCUCCCUCUCGUCUGCUCCAGUCUCAUCUGAACAUUUCUAACGUUCACUCCCCAAUCAGGACCUCCUCCUCCCGCCUCCGGCACGGAACCGCACGGCUCGACUCACUUCCGACCCGGGCCGUCCUCCAGGGCUGCCUGAGCCGGCGUUUGAUUGGAUUAGACCCGCUUAGCCUUUGCCCUCUAACACCGUUGAUGUUGGCUCGCUGCUUCCUGCUCUCUCCGCUCCUCCGUCACCGACUGAACGAAAGCUGCCGAAGCGAAGCAGCCUGCCCGCCGUUCACAGAAGGAGAGGAGAGGAGAGGAGCCGCGGAACAAGGAGCCGAGCUAGGCGGACGAAGAGGAGCGAAGCCCCCCAGCCAUGCGGAGGAAAUCCAGGGUGUUGCUGUGUUUUGCGGUGCUGUGGGUGCUGGGGAUAGCCUACUACUUCUACUCGGGGACUUCGCUGAAUAGAAAGGAUGAGUGGAGCUCUAGUUACUCGUCUAUCCGCGGUAGACCUCAGAGUGCAGAUGAGAAGGCCCACACCAUCGACGCCCUGCCGCCAGGUAAGGUGCGGUGGCAGGAUUUCAACCAGAACCUGUACAUCGGAGCCACAUUGGUCCGACCCGGUCAGGAUCCUUAUGCAAGAAACAAGUUCAACCAGGUGGAGAGUGACAAGCUGCAAAUGGACCGUUCUGUUCCCGAUACGAGACAUGACCACUGCAGAAGUAAACAGUGGAGGUCAGACCUGCCAGCCUCCAGUGUUGUCAUCACCUUCCAUAAUGAAGCUCGCUCUGCUCUGCUGCGGACUGUCGUCAGUGUCUUAAAGAAAAGUCCUCCUCACUUGGUCAAAGAGAUCAUUUUGGUUGACGACUACAGUGACAACCCGGAGGAUGGAGCUCUUCUGGGCAAGAUUGAGAAGGUUCGCAUCCUCAGGAACGACCGCAGAGAAGGACUGAUGCGUUCCAGGGUCCGUGGUGCAGACGCCGCCACAGCACCGGUCCUCACCUUCCUGGACUCCCACUGUGAAUGUAAUGAUCAUUGGUUGGAGCCAUUACUGGAACGAGUGGCUGAGGAUAAGACGAGAGUAGUUUCUCCUAUCAUUGACGUCAUCAACAUGGACAACUUUCAGUAUGUGGGAGCCUCAGCUGAUCUGAAAGGAGGCUUUGACUGGAAUUUGGUCUUUAAAUGGGACUAUAUGACCCUGGAGCAGAGACGAGCCAGACAAGGCAACCCCAUCGCCCCCAUCAAGACGCCGAUGAUUGCUGGAGGUCUGUUUGUCAUGGAUAAGGAGUAUUUUGAGCGUCUGGGAAAGUACGACAUGAUGAUGGAUGUCUGGGGAGGAGAAAACCUGGAGAUCUCAUUUCGUGUGUGGCAGUGUGGAGGCAGUCUGGAGAUCAUCCCUUGCAGCAGGGUUGGCCACGUCUUUAGGAAACAACACCCUUACACCUUUCCUGGGGGCAGUGGGACUGUAUUUGCAAGGAACACGAGACGAGCAGCAGAGGUGUGGAUGGACGAGUAUAAGAACUUCUACUAUGCUGCCGUCCCUUCGGCAAGAAAUGUGCCCUACGGGAAUAUCCAGAGCCGCUUGGAGAUGAAGAACAGAUUAAGCUGUAAGCCAUUCAAAUGGUACCUAGAGAACGUCUACCCAGAACUGAGGGUCCCAGAUCAUCAGGACAUUGCCUUUGGAGCCCUGCAGCAAGGAGGAAACUGCUUGGACACCCUGGGGCAUUUUGCAGACGGGGUGGUUGGUGUCUAUGAAUGCCACAACGCAGGAGGAAAUCAGGAGUGGGCCCUAACCAAAGACAAGUCUGUUAAACACAUGGACCUGUGUCUGACUGUGGUGGACCGGACGGCCGGCUCCCUCAUCAAGCUGCAAGGAUGUCGAGAGAACGACAGCAGACAGAAAUGGGAGCAGAUCGAGUCCAAUUCAAAGCUUCGUCAUGUGGGCAGCAACCUCUGCUUGGACAGCCGGAGCGCCAGGAUGGGCGGGCUGACAGUGGAGGUCUGUGGACCGAGCCUAAGCCAGCAGUGGAAGUUCACCCUGAAUUUACAAUCAUAGGGGGCGCUGCUGAGCCCCUGGAUAUCUGACUGAGAAACAGACGGAUAAGUUAAAGACUGGAGGAGAGGGAUGGACUGGAGUAGUCCUCGUCUUUUGCAGAGAUGCAGCCGGUUCUGUCUCUACACCCCUCCCCCCCACCUCUCUCACCCCCCCUCUCCCUGAAUUGUUGAGCCAGGCCCAUGGGGGGAGGGCUUGUAGACCAUAAUGGAAUAAAGCGGACACUGACUCUACGCAGCAGAUGGAUGAUGAGUAUGGAAGAGUCUUUUGUUUCCAACGACAUACCUCGGUCUUCGGUCAUCCAAGGCUCCAGAGACGGCGGGACUCAUUUUCCUUCUUUAAAUGCUGGUUGAAAACAAACUAAAUUCUUUGGUGAACUGUUUUCCUUUUCUUAUUCUUUCUUUCUGUUGAAUCUCGUCUGAAAGCUGCUGGAGCUUUUUUCCUGAUUCGUGAUUCAUGUAACAGAAGGUGGAGGCUUCGUUUUGGGGUAUUUUGUGGAUGUUGGGUCCUGGGAAGGAUAACGUGGACUCGACUCCUCGAGCCGUUCCUCUGGUUUACUCUCACUUGUUUACAGAAUUGAAAAGAGGAGAGAAAAACUCUGUAUUUUACUUUCCUUGUCUCUCAUUUCCAACCCAUUGUCCUUGGAAGCGUCUUUACCUCCUCGUGGAGGGGGCCGCCUGAAGCAAAGCAUGAUGAAGCGCAUCUCAAAGGUCUUCAAGGAUGAAGCACUGGCUGCUGCGACGUCCGGACUUUUUCACAGUUUUUUAAAAAACUGCACAGGAAAACAAAACCUCAUGAGUCUUUUCUUUAGUUUACUGUUGAAUGGAACCAAAUACGAAAGAAGAGUGUGUUUUAAGUUUCAGAGAGACCAGAGGAGCUAUUAAAAGAGUUUUUUUCCAUAAAUACUGUGGCUGUUUUCUGACUGCUCUCUGUGGAGCGCUUUGGUUCAUCUGUCUGUUUCUGUUCAGGUCUUCUCACUGGUUUUUAGACAUGAGUCUCACGGUAUGAUCACCUUUUCACCAAAUAUUUUAGCAGUGAAUGUCAUCGUUAGGGUAUUUUCUCAAUGAUCUAAUUACUUGAACUGAAAACAGAAGCGUAGCAGUUAUUUUCACUGGUGCAGAAAUAU